GGAGGGGGGCUUGCGGAGAGCAAAUUACCCUUGUCAUCAUCACCAUAUCUGCCCCUCACCCCAAACCCCCCUUCUGUCUUUGGCCACCCCUCUCUUCCCGUUUGGUGCCCUUCUCCCCCACACCCCUUUGGUUGCCUCUCUCUUUCCCACGCCCCACUUUGCUGUCCUCUUGACUCCCUGUCUAUUGCCCAUGUCUCCCCUCCACCGUCGCCUUCCCUUUUGGCCCCAUGACCACUGUUGUCUCCUGAUCUUGGUUCUCUUUAAUGGCCCAUUUGGGGAAUAUGGAAGAAUGUGGAAUGAUGAUCAUUAUGAGACUGAAGCCUCUGUGGUUUCUCUCAGGCUGCUCCCAAAGUGCCUGCCAUGCCUCGUCACUGCUCUGCUGAGGGAUGCAGAUCUAGGGACACAAAGGACUCACGAAUUAAUGGCAUCACCUUUCACAGUAUGUUGUUUGAUUUGUCUUGGUUUACACAGGUUACCAAAGAAAGGGAAAAGUCAGCGUGAGAUCUGGUUGCUGAACUGUUGUCGAAGGAACCCGGAUGGGACUGUUCCCUGGACUCCUUCAUCGCAAUUUGUCUAUUUUUGCUCAAAGCAUUUUGAAAAACAGUGCUUUGAACUUGUGGGACUGAGUGGUUAUCACCGGCUGCGCGAUGACGCGGUCCCCACGUUGUUCCAACCGAGUCCUCGAGGAAAAGUGAAGUCGACCAGAGCAAACAAAGAAAAGGCAGCAGCACCAAUGGCCACCGGUGAAUGUCUCACUAACAAUGCUGCUUUACCCGACGCGGAUCUCGGGGACCCCACGUCCAGUUUGGAGACGAGCUUCAGCAGUUCCCAGGAUGCUUCCACCUUUGUCCUAGAUUAUUCCGUCCCCCAGGCGAGGGUGAGUGAAAGCAUUUGCUCAAGCAAUACGCUGCUCACCGAGGCCCCGCUGUGCUCGAGCCAGGCUGAGUUGGAGGCUUCUGUGCCCACUGUAAUUUACCUGGUGGACACCGAGUCAGAGCCGGUGGAAUUGGACAGCACCGAGAGUGAAGAGGAAGCCUGCAUGAGCAUCCUGUUGUCUCAGCCCGAUGUGUUGACUGACCUCCCGGCCCACAGCCAGGAGGAGCUGCAGGAUUUUGGGACCCUCAUUCCCAUCGCGCUGUACAUGGCACGCCUUCCCAGUGCGCCCAUGAACCCUGGUGCCCACGUCACGGUCGAGCACAGCUAUACCGUGGGCUGCCCGCUGGUUUGGAAGAAGAGGGCGGAGGUCCUGAACGAGGCCUUUGAGAAGGUCAGCAAGGAGCUGCGGGCCAGCAAGAAGCGCGAGAGCCGGCUCAGGUCCCGCAUCACCUCCUUCCUGAAAACACGUGUCCGGGGGCGGCGGGUGAAGCUGGGCUUGCCCAACCAUCUGGCCCAGCCGGUGGAAGUGUUUGAGGUGCAGGUAAUAAACGACGCUGUUGAACUGUGCAACCCAGUGACCAGCUGAACAGAACCAAGCCUCCAGGAUGGUGCCCAGAGCAAUGAAGGUGAAGAGCCGUCACACACAGAGGAGAGGUAGGGAGGGAGAGGUGUGCUUGGAGUUGAAUUGAUCUACAAUGAGGGGAGAGGACUGAGAAUUAUGGGGUUUAUGGGACGGGGUGGCGUCUGGUGGGGAGGUAAUCAGUGCAUGAAGAGGAAUGGUUGGGGAGGAGAGUGCUAGGAUAGGUGGGGUAGGUGGAUAGAGGGGAUGGGAUGGGAUCUUCUGGGAUGGACAGAAUGGGUUAGGGAGAAGCAUGAAUCCUGACUGAGAGAAGAGAGAUUAAUGGGAGAGAUAAGAUGAGGCAGAGAAGAACAGUGUGAGAUAAGUGGGUAGGAGAUGUGGAGUGGUAAUGAGACCAGGGAAGAGAUUAAAUUAGGUGAGGUUGAAGUGGCUGGGCAGGGAAUUGAGAGGGAACUAUAUGACAGCAGUGUGUGGUGACUGGUGCCAUUGUUCUGAGGCACCAAGAUGUGCAGGAGGGCAUUUGUUCGCAAUCAGUUGUUGAUGUUUGCCUGACAUGAAAUGUAACAUUUGAAUAUGCUGCCUUUUUAAAAUAAAGUAACUUGGAUCAUUA